UUAAUUUAAUACCAUAAAAAGUAAUAAUACACUAAUGAGUACCUAAUCGUAAUGGCUUAUUACUAUUAUAUUAUUUAAUAUUUAUCGAUUAUCGAAUAUUCAUAAACUUAUAGCUCAUAAGUGAUUAGUGAAAAUGUAUAGUUUAUUGGUAGAAAGUAACAACUACUAACUAGCUAAUACCAACUAUCAAAUGCAGUGGACUAUUUCAACCACUGAACUGAAUUUAGCUCAGUAAUUCCGACUCUUCUGAAACGAUUUCGAUAGAUCGCUUUUGAUCACUGUGCCGUAACUGUAAAAUAUAUAUAUUACUGAACAAUAUGGAGGAACAUUGCAAAUCCCUAGCUUUGCAAUACGAUUUGUUCGUCAACAGCACACUCAAGUAUUUGGACACGGCGACCGAGAGAGAUUAUAUGCUAAAAUUAAAAGUCAUCGAUCAAUUUACAUACAGAAUCAAUCAAAGCGAAUCUGAUAAAGAUAUUAUCAAGAGAAACCUAGAAGCAGUUCAGGAUGAAUGUUCUAAAUUGACUUAUAAACUUAAAACUUCUGCACGUUUAUUAGAUGAAGUUCAAGUAGAAAGAGAAAAACUUGUAUUUGAAAAAGAAACCAUGAAAUCUCAAUUAGAACAAUUAUACAGUGUUCUUAAGAAACAAGAUAAUGUAGAAAAAUCACAUAAUUCACUCCUAAAUCAUACUGAUAGUGUACUAUUGGAUGAAAAAAAAACUUUUAAUAAUACUGGUGCUUUGUUAUCAGAUAUUAGUUAUAGUCAAUCUGAAGAUAGUUCAUAUGAACAAUUAUUGAAAAAGCAAAAUUCUGCACUCAUAAAAAAGCAUUCUACACGCAAUAUUCUCAAUAACUCAAACACAAAAAUAUGUGAGAUUAAAAACGUGAAUACUACUAAUAAACAAAUUAUUGCUACAACUAUUUUAACUAUGGACUCUGGUAGUGUAAAUGCUAAAUCUGUUAUAAAAACUUAUCCAACACAAACUUCAAAAGGAACAUUAAUAUCGUCAUCAAGUGAUUCUACAGAGCCAUUGUCUACCAGUGAUUCUGAAAUGGAAAAUAAUAUAAUUGAAAAAAAACAUAAUUUUAUUCAAAAAAUUAUUGUCGUUCCAGAAAUGUGUGGUCACUGUACUAAAAAAAUAAAGUUUAACAAUUACAUGGUUAAAUGUUUGGACUGUAAAAUUAUAACUCAUCUGGAAUGUAAAGAUUUUAUACCUACUCUAUGUACAAUUGAUCAACUAAAAAUCAAUGCUUUAAAUUGUGGUGUCCCACCUUUCAUUGUUCACUGCAUUAGCGAAAUCGAAAGAAGAGGAUUGGAUACUGUUGGAUUAUACAGAGUGUCUGGUUCAGAUAAAGAAGUGAAAAGCUUAAGAGACAAAUUUCGUAAAGGUUUACCGAAUUUAAACGAUGUAGACAUUCAUGUGUUAUGUAGUUAUCUGAAGGACUUAAUUCGUAUGCAAGAAAAUAAUCUUAUAUCUCCAAGUGAUUUAUCAAAGUUGACUGAUGCAUUAAAAAAUAAAAAUGAUGUUUCAAAAUCACUUUGUCAAGUCGUAUCUGAAUUGCCACAUACCAAUCGUAAUAUACUUGCAUUCCUCAUUCUUCAUUUGCAAAAGGUUGCUCUUUCGUCAAAAUGCAAUAUGGAUUAUAAAUGUCUAGCAAUUGUUUUUGGACCUACAAUUGUUGGUGUUAAGAGUACUUCCUUAGAUGAAUUAUAUACUAAAUCUGAAAUUGUUUUUGAAGUUGUAAGAGAACUGCUUAUGCUGCCUUAUGAUUUUUGGCUUAGUUCUUUGAAAACUAAAAGCAUUUCUUCUGAUGAACCCUUAUACAGUACUCCAAACAAAAAUCAACCGCAAACACCAGGAUCAUCUAAACGUUUUUUUUCUUCUGGACUAAAAAGACGGAUAUUAGACUCACCAAAAAAAAAUAAAAUUGCCAAGCAAAAUAAAUUUUGAAUCAAGUAUUGCAUUAAAAAAAUAGUUCAAACAUAUUAAUGUUUAAGUAUAUGAGAUUUGAAUUAAUUUAAAUAUUUUAUUUUAAGAACUUGACUUAAACACUAAACAGUUAAUUUUUAUAUAAUUUUUAUUUUACAAAUUGUUAUUUGUACUCCUUUAUCUGAGUAAUUAAUUUUUUUUUUUUAAUUGAUAAACAUGAACUGAUGUGUUAAUUUAAUUAAAUAAUACUAUCUAGUUCUUGUCAAAGUAUAUUGUGAAUCAUGUUGUUUUAACAAAAAAUUGUAUUCCUUUACUUAGAUAAUAAUUUCUUGUACUUUUUCUUAUUUUGAUAAAAGUGAAUUGCUGUAUUUUUUAAAUUAAAUACUAUUUAGUUUCUGUGCAAGAAUUUUUUUGAUUCAUAUUGUUUUAACAAUUAUUUAUAGUACCAGAGUUAAUGUUAUCUAUUUGUUAAAUUGUCAAAUAAAUAUGAUCUGAUUUAA